GGAUUGUAAAAUGGUUUUGCCUUUUGUUUGCUCGGCACUGUGUUUUCACAAUAGACAUGGUAUAAUUGCCUCAAAGCUCGGAAUUGGAGGCGACUUGGCUCGAAUCGCUGUGACUUCUUGUGAUUCUUCCCGGUGAUUGGCGAUCCGGCAAUUCCUUCAUUCAAUGGAGGUGAAUGGAGAGAACGGUGAGGACAUGUCCUCCAAUGUGAUUGAUGCCACAGAGCCCUUGUGCAAGACAGGUGCCAAGACAGAUGAUCCCUGGACCGAGCGGAUGGCGAAGCAAGUUCGACAGUGCCUCUUUUUGGUACAGUUUAUGCAGCAAAUGGCCUUCGCAGGCGUCAUUGUGGACUCUUACCAAGUUGGAAGGCUCUUGGGCGCUUCGCCCGCCUUUUCGGGGCUUUUGGUCGGUUUGUUCAUGGCAGGUGGCGCAGUGGGAACUUCUGCGAUGACGCUUGUGCUGCAUGCAAUGCCAGAUGCUUGGAAGCAACUCCGUGUUAUUGUACUUACUUGUCAAACAAUGGAUAGCAUGGGAGCUCUGCUCUACACGUUCUUCAUCUAUGUCGCGGUUCAUGGAGAGAGUGGAUCUGUGGGUGCAUACCGUUUGUGUUCGAUUGCACUGGUACGGCUCCUCUGGGGCCUCGGAAGUGGCCUGACAGGGCAGCUCACAGGGGUAGCCAUCACAAAGAUCACACCGCCGGAGGAGCUUCCAGAGCAGAUGCAGUGCUUGCAGUUUUGGCAGACUUUGGGACUAGGCAUGGGGCCUCUGAUAGCAAGCCUUGCCAUCUUUGCACAUGGGCUUCUCAUGAAGAAGGACGAAGCCUUGUGUACGACGCCUGGGGCGCUGGCCAGCCUGCAGAUCUUCGCGCUCCUGACCGUUUUCCGUCAUUGUCCUUCUUCCGUCGAAGCUUGGUGUCGACUGUCGUCCACUUCAAGGUCUCAGGUUUCUGGCACAACGUUGAACCCUCAGAAGCAGAGCCAGAGAGUUCAAAUGCUGUUUCUGUGCAGCUGCUUCCUGCUUUGUGCACUUCGUGGCUAUGCAGUAGCUGGGGCGGAGGUGGGCACAUCCAUGUUGCUUGAAACCGCGUAUGGCUGGAAGCGGCAUUCCAUUGGCCUUUUGGUCAGCGCCACGUUCCUGGCGAGUAUUCCCCUGCGAUCCAUCUAUGCGCGCAUUCGGAGUUCCUUCAGCACGCUUGGGUGGAUCCGCAUCUUCUCUGGCAUUGCCAUUGGUGGCACAAUGCUGAUUUUUUCCAAAGUGACAUACUUGCUGCCGGGAGGACUCCUACUUGUUCUGGCUGAUUCGGUGAUGUUCCCUGCUCUUUACUUGGCCGAGGGAUUAACCAGGGGAUUGAUGAUGCAGUUCGCCAAGGAGAAUUACGUCUUCUCGGUGAACCUGUCAUCGUUCCUUGCGAUUGUUCUCAACAAUGCGGCUCGCAGCAUUGCACCUUGGCUAUCCAGGCUCAACAUCUCAGCCAGUGAUGAUCCGUCAGAAGGACAAGACUUGUUUGCCGCCUGUCAACUGACGUGCUGCAUCUUAUUUCUGAUCGCCUUUGAAGCUGGUGUUCGGUAUCUGUCGCCUCAAGCCGUCCGCCCCGUGAUCGUGAUCGGCAUGCCCAGCUUGAAUGAGGCGGAGAACAUCGAGUCUCUGACUAGAGUCGUGGAUGAAGGUUGUCAGCGUUACUUCCCCAAGCACCGUUGUCUCUUGGUCAACGCAGACUGCCAAAGCACGGACAACACAUCAGCCAUCUUUAUGAAUACCGCCACCCGUUGCCAAAAGCUGGCGUUGAAGACUGCAUUGCCGGCGCAGGGCAAGGGUGCCGCACUGAAGUUGGUCUUUUCCUGCAUGCUGGAGGUCAAUGCCGAGCAUGGCUUUUGCAUCGACACCGACUUGAAGACGGUGACGCCCGAGUGGAUCCGGGCCUUCAGCCGUUCCAUGGACUUUGACUUUGCCGCGCCGCGCUAUCUGCGGCACCGCUUGGAUGGCAACAUCACCAACAUGGUGAUCUACCCCAGCAUGUGUGCGGCGUUUGGCUACGAUCUCCGCCAGGCCAUCGGCGGAGACUUUGGCUUCAGCCGCCGGGCGGCGGAAGCCUUUCUGGCACACGCAUGGCCUCCCAAGGUGGAGAAGUAUGGCAUUGACAUCUUCAUGACCACCACAGUCUUGAAGCGGGGCUAUUCGGUGUGUGAAGUGGAGCUGCCACCGAAGAUCCAUAGCCCCAACUUGCCUAAAGUCAAGAACAUGGCGCCUGAAGUCGUGACUGUUCUGCUCGGCCAGUUGGACACUGAGACUUUGAAGGGCUUGGAGUUGAAAAGCCUUCCACGGAUUGCCUGGCAGAGUGAUGGGCCAAUGAGCAUUCCUGAGGUCAAGGUGGAUCCAGCCGUGUUUGUCGGGAUUGCAGAGAGCUACUUUGCUGAAAACCAGCAGUGCAUCAUGGCCCACCAAGCUUCCAUGGAGCAUGUCUUGGAUCUUCAAGCCACUUUGAAGUCCAAGUCAUUGGAUAUGGCUCUAUGGGCACGAGUGCUCCAUUGGGCACUGACGACGCAGCUCAACCGUGAGGCUGUUGUGAAGAUCUUGUGCUAUUGCUUCUUCCUUCGGGCGGCUCAACACUGCACAGAAGUGCAGGAGAUGUCCAAUGAACAGGCUGAGAGGGUGGUGGCGAUGCAAAGGGAAAAGCUAAGGCUUGUGGCGUUUGAAGCACGAGAGUGAGGAGCUAUUUCGCGAUCUUCAGAAACUAUUUUGCGAUCUUCAGCAACUAUUUUGCGAUUUUCAGAAACUAUU